AUGAUAACCCGCCUCUCCAAUCACGGCACCGCAAAGGCAGAGCCUGGCGAAAAGGAGAAGAGGGAUUCAGGAGGUGUGCGUGAUGGACGGCCCGACAGCUCAAUCGCUGCGUGAAGAUUCCCUCCUCUUUCCCCACCCAUCGCCAAUAAUGGGCGGGGGUGAAACAAUGGGAGGAAAAGGAGGUGGAGGCAGGAAAAUGGCAGCGGCUGGGACAGCGGCGCUAACGGCAAGACGAGGCGAUGGUGGCGGCGGCGGCAGCAACAGUGGCCCGAGGCGGCGGGCGACGUCGGCAGCUCGGUGGCCUGCGCUUUUGCUGGUGGCGGCUCUUAGCCUGGUCCAGGUUUCAGCGGUAGAAGUCUACACACCAGGCGAACUCUCUGUGGAGAAUGGGACAAAGGCAAAACUGGAGUGCACAUUCACAUCUACAGAGGUGAUCAGCAGUGCAGCUUCUGUUACUUGGAGUUUUCAAGCAGAGGGAGCACCUUCUGCUGUAUCGUUCUUCUAUUAUUCCAAUGGAAAGGCAUAUCCUGGGAAAGAUGCACCAUUUAUGGACAGAAUCAGCUGGUCUGGAGAUCUUAACAAGAAAGAUGCAUCCAUCAGUAUAGCAGACAUGAGAUUUCAGGACAAUGGCACUUAUAUCUGUGAUGUGAAGAACCCUCCAGAUAUAGUUGUCACUCCAGGAGAAAUCAAACUCAGAGUUGUGGAAAGAGGUAACCUGCCUGUAUUUCCCCUUGCUCUUGUGGCAGGGGUAGCCAUUGGUGGAGUUCUGGGUUUAGUUUUGCUCAUCAUUCUUAUUGUGUGUGUUGUAUACAGAAAGAAGAAUUCUAAAAAGCAUUACUCCGGCUGCAGUACAUCUGAGAGCUUGGUGUCUCCAGUUAAGCAGGCUCCAAGGAAGUCCCCUUCUGACACAGUGGGUCUGGUAAACAGCGUGCCCAUCCGAUCGCACCAGGGCCCAGUAAUUUAUGCACAGUUAGAUCAUUCUGGUGGGCAUUACAGUGACAAGAUCAUCAAGUCAGAGUCUGUGGUCUAUGCUGACAUUCGGAAGAACUGAGGAGAUCCCAACUUACCCAAAGCUAAACAAAAAUUCUAACUGGAAUCGCUUGAAGAAAAAUGACCCAGAGAACUCACAUGUGGCCUUUGAUGCCUAGGCUAGGACCAAUGCAUGUGCAUACAGAGAGAAAGAGAUUAUAUAUGUAUUGUGUGUAAAUAGUCUAUUUAAUCGAACAGAAAUGAGACCAAUGUUGCAUGUUGAAAUAUGGUAAAAAUUCUGCUUAUAAAUUACCAAUAUUUUUUUUUAAUCUAGGAUAAGGGGAAGAAAGUGAAAGUUCAUAUUACACCUUUUAGAUAACUUGUCUUAAUUGUUUUGUGGAAAACUGGAAAAUUCCUGGAUAUUCUAAAUGGGGUUGAUACUUUGUUUUUACAGGUUCUGUUUCUCUGAUGAAAUGGACAUGAAGAAAACUGUUUCUGCAUGAUUCCUUUUCUAACUCUGGUGCUUUCCAUACUUUACUUUUUCAUAAAACUUGAUUCCUGUCCUCUGUCUUCAACAUCCAUUUAAUCUCUUUCCCUGGGGUGGGGGGGGGGAAGGAACAUUCCAUUUUCUCAUGGCUUCCAACCUAAUCUCAACUGGCUGGAGCCAAAUUUCAAUCUUUAGGGCAUUACUCUAACAUCAUUUAUACAGUCUUCAUAACUCUGUUUUAACAAGAAAGCAUUAACAGAAGUCCCUUUGCAUACCCUGCUAUAAGAUUAGUUCUUACAGGCAUAGUAGGAUUUUUUUGGUGUGGUGGUUAAGCGUGUUGGACUGUAAUCUGGAGAGCCAGGUUUGAUUCCCCACUCCUCCACAUGCAGCUGCUGGGUGGUCUUGGGUCAGUCACAGUUCUUUCAGAGCUGUUUUCUCAAGAGCAGUUCUCGAAGAGCUCUCUGAGCCCCACCUAUCUCACAGGGUGUUUGUUGUGGGGAGAGGAAGGGAAGGAGUUGAUAAACUGCUCUGUGACUCCCGAGUGAAGGGUGGGAUAUAAAUCCAAUCUCUUCUUCUAUAAAGGUGGAGCAUGUUUAUACUUUGAACAAGAGUGUAGUAGAGAAUGCAUGCUGAAUCUUUGCAGUUUGAUCCUGGCAUGGCUGUCAGUGAAACACCAGAAAGCACAGAAGGCUUGUUAGAAAAGGUCAUUUUAUUGUGAUUGUGAUCAGACUAUAAAGCAGUCUGUCUUCAUCUAAUCUCACUCCUGUGGGAAGAAGCCAUGAAAUGUGAUAGGCUUGCUGUGGUCUCAUUCUGCUUCAGAAGGGCAGGACCAGCAUACUCAUGUUACUAACUUUUAAUGCCUUGGUUCUCACAGAAACAAAAUGUUGUGUAGAGUUUUAUACUGUGUUGGGGCCAGCAUACUGCUACCUCCUCUGGUAUCUGGGACUAGUAAAAUACAUGUCCACAGAACUUGCUUUGGUUUUUAAAAAUUUCCAGUUACAAAAGGAAAAGACUGCUUCUCCUUGGUUAAGCAAAGUGCAGAUGUCUUCAGAUGUCUGAGAGCCAGUCUGGUGUAGUGGUUAAGAGCGGAGAACAGGGUUUGAUUCCCAAUUCCUACAUAUAGCCAGCUGGGUGACCUUGGACCAGUCACAGCUCUCUCAGAGCUGUCUCAGGGUGUCUGUUGUGGGGAGAGGAAGGGAAGGAAAUUGUAUGGUGCUCCAAGAUUCCUUUAGGUAGUGAAGGGUGGGAUAUAAAACUGACUCUUCUUGAGGUUUAUUUAUUUAUACUUGUUAUACUCAGAUAAACUGCAGGCAGAAAAAAAAUGUAAGCAAAAUUUAGUUUUUCACGUUUGAGUAUCUGAUGACUCAAUUUGUUCAAUAGGAGCAAUAAUAUAAUGAAAAUAUACAGAAUAGGGUUUAACUUUUAAGAUGCAGCAAGAAAGACCAGCUGCAGACAAUAUAAAAAGUUCACAUUCUCUACUGAAUGGAGCCUGUUUUGUUAUUUGAAAUUUGUUCUUGUGGUGGAGAAAUGGAAGACUUUCAUGGGUUUUUAAGCUUGCCCGUCACCCAGUAAUUAGUGCUACUUGUCUUCUGUAGGUCAGGAGCGAGAAGAAAGCAGAUCUGACUUGCCAGUGGGCCAUCGAGCACUGUCUUGUUGCUGAGAUUCUUGUGAAGCACGUGGGUCUACAUGGACCAUGGUGUGAGGCAGCACUCCUUGUUUUUGUAAACAAGAGGAUCAUGUAACACAGAUUAGUUAUGCCUUAACUAUUAUGUGAUCCUGAGUUAUGCAUUCUUGCUUCAUAAAUAUAAAAUAAUGGAUCAUGAAGGUUCUAGUGAAGAAAAAAAAGUUACAAGAUUUUAAGUUGGCUCAUUUCUGCUUUAGAUUGACUUCUAGUGAUGGAUGUUGUACUGCAGGGAAGAAGCCAAUCACGUACCGAAUCAUAAUAGAAAGGCUGAAAGUGAGGUAGGAUGUCUCACAUUGCAGUGGAAUGAAUUGCUAUCUCUCAUCUUUAUACCACUAUCCCCGUUGUGAAGUGUGAGAAAAUACUAAUAAGGCCUUCCUUAGUAUGAGUUACUUGUGACUAUCUGUACUUUGCUUAGACAUUAGUUUGAACCAGCAACAAAAUUAAAUGAUUUCUCAUGUAAGUCUUUAGUUCACAGGGUAGAAUCUACAGAUUAACAGAAUUCCUUGAUUCCAGCAUCUUUUACUGUCUCUCCUCCACUGCCCUACUUCUGUAUCUAAUUGUCAUCCACUUCCUGCCUUCUAUCACAAUGUAGAUAAAAAGCUGAUAUAACUUGCAGCUUUUCUGUGGGAUCUGUUCAAAACUGACUGCAUUAUACAUCCUAGGUCUCAGUAUUUUAGAAGCUUGAAUAUUGUUUAAUUUAGGAGUGAUUUCCUCAGCUCAGCGUCCCUUUUUAAAAUUCUGAGUUUUGUAAAACAAAGUAGCAAGCUUCUUGACAAAUGCAAGAGUGGCUGGUCUUUCCCAAUAGAAGAACACUUAUCAAGCAAAAAAAAAAAUCAAAAGACAUCACUCAGUAACAUUUUACUAGGUGUACCACAUGCUGUCCUUAGAUCUGUCAAUUAACCAACAGCUUUAAUUGAUCAGUCAUUGAAUAUUAUAUAUAUUUGCAUAUAUAUACUGCAGCAGUUCUAAAGAAACACACUGUCAGAAGAGGUGUUUCCUCCUGCAGGUGGAAAAGAUUGUGUUAUAGGAAGCAAACUACUGUAAUACCUAUGGAUUUUAAGUACUUGUAUUAAAAAGUCAGUGGCCCACUUAAUCAGGGCAGCUUUCUGUUGAUGAAAGUGAUUCCUCUAUUGACCUACUGAUUACGAAGAUUUCACCACCAGUAAAAAUUGCCCUGCUUUGUGAAAUAAAGUCCAACUACAUUAAAAUCUGCCCCUUUUACAAAAGCAGCUGGUAUUGCUAAUGGAUGUUCAGUCAGUGAAUUAACAACUACAUCCUUCAUCUCAUUCAGAUACCUCUAAUUUGUGUUGCUUGAUAAAUGACCAUGUUGGAGUGAAUAGAAUGUGGUCAAUAGCUUUUGGGAAAAAAAUUUCAAGAUCUUUGAUUGUAGCAGUAACCUUAUUUGUGCUAUUGCUUUCUUCAUCCUAGAGCACUUUUUGUGGCUCCAGUAGUGACAUUUCAGUGUGUAAAUAAACUGGAACUAUUUUGUCCUAACUUUUUGAAGUAGGUUGGCUGAACAUCUGUCCUGUAACUUGCUCUGUAUGCACAACAUUCAAAGGCUUUCCUUGCAGUGUACAGUUGUUUUGGUGAAGUGAGCAGGUGUUUGAUCAUCAAAUGAGAUCUGUUUAAAUCUUGUUUACAUUCUUAUGUCUGUCAUAUUAUAAAACCAGGACUUUUCUAUUUGUAUAUGGUGGGUGGGAAGUUACUUGUUUUCCCCUUUCUUAAACCACGUUUCCUAGUUAACAUCUAGGGGACAAUUUGGCAUGUGUAAGGGCAACUUUUCUAUGGUGCUGUAUUUUAAUGCCCUUUUUCUGUGAAAGGCAAUCAAGAUCAAAUAAAGGACUCCCUAUUGUGAAACUCCACACUCAAAGCCUUGGACCUUUUCCCCCCCAAGAUCUCUGUAUGCUCCACACAAUGCAGCUUUUGAGCCCCUUUCUGCUUUGUUUCUGCACUUUUUUAAACAACCAAACCUGGAAUUGAAUUUUAUAUUUUGUUGUAUAGUUGUCUUUUCUCCCUUCCCCACUUACUCAAAAGUAGCUGCUACAGGGCAGUUUGCUGAUUUCUGGAAAGCACCACUAUGAGGUGACCACACUGAUGCUGCUAGAUUGGAGGGGGGGGGGGAGAAAGGGGGUAGACACCUAUAAAAUGGGUGUAUAAUUUGGGGGAAAUGGUGUAUUCUCCAUGGUCUUUGUAAUGUUAAGUAGGAUUCUGUGGUAGCAUUCUUUUUGUUUUGACUAGCUUCUGAGUUGGACACACAUCACAUUGGAUAUUUACAUGUUUUUUAUUGUAUGCUUGUGACUAUUUUAAUACACUUUUUCCAUUA